AUGACCGUUUGUCACCUGACUCAGCGACAAGCUGGAGCCCUGGCAAAAGGUGCUGAAGAAAGCAUUCUGUCCCUGUCCUGGCAGAUCUUCAUCCGCAGCACAGACUGUGAUCGGACGCUGAUGAGUGCGGAGGCCAAUCUGGCAGGCCUGUAUCCCCCCGAGGGACACCAGAUAUUCAACCCUAACAUCUCCUGGCAGCCUAUCCCUGUGCACACAGUGCCUGAGUCCGAGGAAAGGCUACUGAAGUUUCCUUUGACCCCCUGUCCACGGUAUGAACAGCUACAGAAUGAAACACGGCACUCGGCAGAAUACAUAAAUAAGACCAAAGAGAAUUGGCAAUUCCUGCAGAUGGUGGCAAAUGAGACUGGGAUCCGGGAUGUCUCUCUUGAGUCUGUUUGGAGUGUGUAUGACACACUGUUCUGUGAACAAGCACACAAAAUGGAUUUGCCCGUAUGGGUGACACCGGAUGUCAUGACUCAGUUGAAGCAACUAAAAGACUUUGGUUUUGAAUUUCUCUUUGGGAUCCACAAUCGGGUAGAAAAAGCUCGUCUGCAAGGCGGGGUCCUGCUGGAUCACAUAAGGAAAAACCUAACCAAAGCAGCGAACAUUUCUGCCCGCCAGAACCUGAAACUACUUGUCUAUUCAGCGCAUGACACCACACUUGGGGCACUGCAGAUGGCUCUAGAUGUCUACAACAAGAUUCAAGCACCAUACGCCUCAUGUCAUUUAUUUGAGCUGUACCAAGAGGAUGAUGGUAACUUCUCUGUGGAGAUGUUUUUCCGCAACGAGAGUGGGAAGGAACCUUUCCCACUGACAAUCCCUGGCUGUCAGCAUAAAUGCCCACUGCAAAGAUUCUUGGAACUCACAGAUCCUGUUGUUCCCCAGGACUGGGAGCAAGAAUGCCAGGUAGCAAGCAGCAUACACGACACAGAACUGUUUGUGGGUCUGGCUGUGUGUGGAUCCAUUCUCCUUCUCCUUAUAAUCCUCCUGUUGACUGUACUCUUUCGCAUACAGUCUCAGCCCCCAGGCUACCGGCACGUUUCCAAUGAGGGAGAAGAGCAGGCCUGACAGUUGCUUCAACUCCUUCCCAGGCAGUAGGGGGGAGCAGCGUUGCCCCUAAGGAUGAUUGGGCUCCUUCAGUUACUGAGCAUUCUUCUGCUUGGGCCAUUGCUUCCCAGAAUGAAUCUGGACUUGAUUUUUGGAUGCUUUCUAAAGGUGACGUCCCAGAGAGAGAGAGGACUGAGCUGCUCUAAUGGAAAUGACACCUUAAUUCUGAAGCCAGUAUACUGCGUGGUGCCCCCAGUCCUCCUACAGCUUACCUAGUCUGGGAUUCCCAACGUGGCCAGUUGGAGCUGGUCCAGAGUUUUCCUCCUUUCAGUGACUGUAGACUCUACCACUCACCAUGACUGUGGCAGAGGGGCUUGGACCUCCAGCAGCUGCCACAUCCAGUGCAGUCAGGAGUUGCAUCUCUCUUCAGGGUCAGCCUGCUUUGUGUUCUUUUCUCUCAAGCCAUUGGGCUGAUGGUGGGAAGGCUGGGCUUGGAGCAGAGAGCCCAGUUCACCAGCAAUGCACGAGACUCA